AGCUCGCGUAACGGCUUCUUCGCUACUUACGUAACAGACAGGCUUGUUUGUCUUUGCUUGCCCGGCAGCAGCUCGUCCUAUAGUAUUCUUUGCUCACUGUCUCGAGAAAUUCAUUGCUGUCGCAAUUAUGCAAGACGGCAGAGCACCAAGGAUCAGGAAUCGGGCGCCUGCCGCUGUCCAGAUCACCGCAGAACAGCUUCUACGAGAGGCUCAAGAGCGUCAAGAGUCAACCUUCCGUGCUCCCAAACAACGCGUUGAGGAUUUUGAAGAACUCCACGAGUACCGCGGCCGCAAGCGCAAGGAGUUUGAAGAGCGAGUCAGGAGGACAAGAGGUAGCAUCAAAGAAUGGACUCAGUAUGCAAACUGGGAGGCUAGCCAAAAUGAAUUUGAUCGAUCUCGUUCUAUCUUCGAACGCGCUUUGGACGUGGACCCUCGAAGCGUUCAGCUAUGGCUCAGUUAUACUGAAAUGGAACUCAAGUCCCGAAAUGUCCAACACGCGCGCAAUCUAUUCGAUCGCGCCGUGACUCUAUUGCCUCGAGUAGAUCAGCUCUGGUACAAGUACGUUUACUUGGAGGAGCUUCUGCAAAACGUCCCCGGUGCCCGACAAGUCUUUGAGCGGUGGAUGCAAUGGGAACCGGAUGACAAGGCUUGGCAAGCAUACAUAAAGAUGGAGGAACGGUAUGACGAAUCGGAUAGGGCCAGUGUUAUAUACGAGCGAUGGAUAGCUGUCAGGCCGGAUCCGAGGGUAUGGGUGAAGUGGGCAAAGUUCGAAGAAGAGCGGGGGAAGUUGGAUAAGGCAAGAGAGGUAUUCCAGACUGCUCUUCAGUUCUUUGGGGACGAGGAAGAGCAGGUAGAAAAGGCUCAAGCAGUUUUCAAUGCUUUUGCUAAAAUGGAAACUCGGUUGAAAGAGUAUGAGCGUGCUCGAGUGAUAUACAAGUUCGCAUUAUCACGUCUUCCGCGAUCAAAAUCAGCGAAUUUGUAUGCAGCUUAUACCAAAUUUGAGAAACAGCACGGCACACGGUCCAUUGUAGAAUCUACUGUACUUGGUAAGCGAAGAAUCCAAUACGAAGACGAGGUUUCGCAGGACGGACGAAAUUAUGACGUCUGGUUCGACUACGUUCGGUUGGAAGAAGGUGCACUACGAACUUUGCGAGAAGAAGGGAGCACCAAGGAAGAGGAGGAUGCGGCCACGGAGCGCGUGCGAGACGUUUACGAGCGUGCUGUUGCAUAUGUACCACCUGGACAAGAAAAGCGUCAUUGGAGACGGUAUAUCUUCCUUUGGCUCGAGUAUGCUUUGUUCGAGGAGAUCGAAACCAAGGACUACGACCGUGCACGCCAAGUAUAUCGUACCGUUCUGAAUCUUGUACCGCACAAGCAGUUUACUUUCGCAAAACUGUGGAUCAUGGCUGCAAGGUUUGAGAUCAGACAGUUGAAUUUGAUCGCAGCGCGCAAAAUGCUCGGGACCGCCAUUGGCAUGUGCCCGAAGGAGUCCUUAUUCAAGGGCUAUAUUCAACUCGAGAUGGAUCUGCGAGAAUUUGACCGCGUGCGGACAUUGUAUGAAAAGUAUCUAGAGGUAUGCUGUGAAGGUCUCAUUAUUUUCUCUGUAGUGAUGCAACAUCUCCUGCAGUACGAUCCGACCAACUCAGCAGCGUGGAUUAAAUACGCCGAGCUUGAGACGGCUCUUGAAGACUUCACCCGUGCGGAGGCGAUCUUUGAACUCGGAGUGUCUCAAGCAUCACUAUCGAUGCCCGAAAUCCUUUGGAAGGCAUAUAUCGACUUCGAAGUCGAUGAGCAGGGUGAUCGGGAGAAGACUAGGUCACUUUACGAGCGCCUGGUGGUUCUCAGCGGACACCACAAGGUGUGGAUAUCCUAUGCCGAGUUCGAGGGGUCUAGUAUUCCAUUGCCCAGAGCUAUGCGAGAAGAAGAGGAAGACGAGGAUGCUGAACCUCGUGUUGUUGCUGGUGAUCCCGAACUAGCACGACAAGUCUUUGAACGCGGUUACAAAGACUUGAAGGUCAAGGGCCUAAAAGCCGAGAGGGCUGCUUUACUUGAGUCGUGGAAAGCAUUCGAACAAGAACACGGCAGCGAGAGCGAUAUAGCAAAGGUAGAAGCGAUGAUGCCUAUUAUCGGCAGGAAGCAACACGUCGACAAGGAGACGGGCCAGGUAGUAGAAGAUUGGGAACUUGUAUUCGCCGACGACGAACGAGAAGCCAAUCCAAGAUCUUUCAAAUUCUUGCAGAUGGCUCAUGCCUGGAAACAGGCACAGGUCAAGAAAUCUGGAGGUCCUGGUAUUCUUUCUGGUUUCACUUCUGCGACCUCCAGUGCGCCUGAAUCUGCUCAGAAUGCCGAUGUACAAAUGGAGGACCGUAGGGAGCAGGACGAUUCACAUAGCGAUGUCGCUAGCUCUGACGGCGAAUGAUGGUUGACCAGGUGCCUGCUGGAACCUUCAUGUAUUCUGUAAUUUCUGAAUGCAUAAUUUGCUUGUUGAGACUCA